GGAGGCUGAAUAAACAGAAACGGGCAGCAGAAGCAUCUGUUUAUUUGAUUACUAUUAGUUUAUUUGAGAUGCACAAGUCUUACCUGCCGCUCAAACCCGCGACCAACAGAUUCCUGCAGCAGAAAUGGGACCAAACACGCUACCAGGAGCACAGAAACAAGGUGAAAGAAGCCUCGUCUGUUGUGGACACUAAAGGCAUCCAAACACCUGCUCAUAUUCAGCACAAAUUGAAGAAAGCGCAGAUGCAGGAGGAGAGACUGUCCAUCAUCGAGAGAGACAAUCGUCUGCUUUCCUCCAGACUGAACAUCAUCAGUCGCUCUAAAGGCAUCGUGGACCACUGGAAUCCUUACACACAAUGCAGUCUGAACGCAGAGAAACGGAGGGAGAAUCUUCUUCGGGUGACGAAUGAAAACCUGGCGAUUUAUCAGCGAAUCACGACGCAGAAAUCCGACUACAGGAGGGAACGCUGGGAAGACGACUGGGAGAAAGUGGAGCGCAGGAGAGACGAUAUCGCCCGAUUCCCACGAGGACUGACCAACAAACAGCAGAAAGCAGAGAAGACGGUGCAGUUUAAUGGAAAUUCAUGUGAACGGAGAGAGAGUUCGUCCAGCGGUGUUGAAGAUGAGUCUACAAGCACAACUGAAGAUUAAUCAACAUCAACCAAUGACUGCAAGCGAGCACUAAUUAGCAUCAGAAUAUUCAAAUAAACUCACCAGCUGCUGCGUAA